UAGUGUGUUAGUGUGUCCGUCGUGCGUUAGUGUCCCCUUCUUAUCGUUGUGAAUCCGUGGAAGCCUUCAUUGAUAAAAACCGAUUGAGUGUGAGUGAACUGUGACGGGCCUUUGGAGGAAGAGGAAUUAAGGUCAAAACUCAUCAUCCUGACCUCAUAAACACUAAAGAGACACUCCACCAUAAAAAUAAAGCUAAAAAACGUCAUUCAUUGGUGUAGUUGUGAAUCCGUGGAGGCCUUCAUUGAUAAAAACCGAUUGAGUGUGAACUGUGACGAGACUUUGGAGGAAGAGGAAUUAAGGUCAAAACACAUCAUCCUGACCUCAUAAACACUCAAGAGACGCUCCACCAUAAAAAUAAGGCUGUAAAACGCUGUAGAGCAUUAGUUGUGAGCCGUGGAGGCCGUCAGCGGUGAGGGGUCGGCGGGGUUGGCAAGCCUGAGGGCAGUCCCAGCAAGAUGGCCACGAGUGGGAAGGCGCGCAACGGCCAGCCCAAGAACUUCUCCGCCUUCAUCUUGCGGCUGCACGGGGCCUUCGCGGACGCCAUGGCACCCCCGAAGCUGGUGAUCGAGCGGCGGACUCUCGAGAAGACGUGGAAGCUCAUGGACAAGGUAGUGAAGCAGUGCCAGCAGACCAAGAUGAACCUCAAGAACUCGCCGCCUUUUAUCCUGGACAUCCUCCCGGACACCUACCAGCACCUGCGGCUCGUCUACGCCAAGUACGAGAACAACCUGGCGGCGCUCAACACCAACGAGUACUUCAAGGUUUUUGUAGAGAACAUGAUGAGAAAGUGCAAACAGGCGCUCAGACUCUUCAAGGAGGGCAAGGAGCUCAUGUUCGACGAAAGCUCACACUUCCGCCGCAACCUCACCAAGCUGUCCCUCGUCUUCUCCCACAUGCUGUCGGAGCUCAAGGCCACCUUCCCCCAGGGCUCCUUCGCCGGGGACCAAUUCCGCAUCACCAAAGGGGACGCGGCGGACUUCUGGAAAAAAUGCUUCGGGGAAAAGACCGUGGUGCCGUGGAGACAUUUCCGAGACACCCUGAGCGAGGUACACCCCAUAGGCUCGGGGCUGGAGGCCAUGGCGCUCAAGUCCACCAUAGACCUCACCUGUAACGACUACAUCUCCAGCUUCGAGUUUGACGUCUUCACCAGAUUAUUCCAGCCCUGGCCAACGUUGCUGCGAAACUGGCAGAUCCUGGCAGUGACGCACCCCGGCUAUGUUGCUUUCCUCACCUACGACGAGGUCAAGGCCAGGUUACAAAAGUACAUCAACAAGCCCGGCAGUUACGUGUUCCGGUUGUCGUGCACGCGGCUGGGUCAGUGGGCCAUCGGCUACGUGACCAGCGACGGCAGCAUCCUACAGACCAUUCCCCAGAACAAAUCCCUCUGUCAGGCGCUGCUAGACGGCCACAGAGAAGGAUUUUAUUUAUACCCAGACGGAAGGAAUUUAAAUCCAGACCUCACCUGGGUAGCACAAGCCACACCAGAGGACCACAUCAAGGUAACCCAGGAGCAGUAUGAACUCUACUGUGAGAUGGGCUCCACAUUCCAACUCUGCAAAAUCUGCGCAGAGAACGACAAGGACAUCAGAAUAGAGCCUUGCGGGCACCUCCUCUGCACACCCUGCCUGACCCUCUGGCAGAAGUUUAACACUGGGCCCCUUCCUGUCUCCUCCCCCAAGCAGGACUCCGAGGGGCAGGGCUGUCCAUUCUGCCGGGCGGAGAUUAAGGGCACGGAGACCAUCGUGGUGGACCCCUUCGACCCCCACAAGCAGCACCGCACGCAGUCCCUCUCCAGCGGCCAGUUGAUCGAUAUGGAGGAGGAGGAUGAGGGAUCGGUGACGUCGGGCAAAACGCGUGACUCCUCGAGCUCGGAAGUCGGUCAGUCCUCCGAUGGCGCCGAGGAGCUGCACGGGGACGAGGCGGCCCCCGUGCCCCAGCCUCGGCUCCUCAACAACCAGUCUUCCAACGGAGCUCCGCCGCCCCUGCCGUCCAGGGAGGGCAGGAAAAAAGUGAGUGAGCUUUUCCGUCAGCAAAGCCCUACGCCGCCGCCGUUGCCGCGACGCCCCUCCACCUUGGUGUUCUCGUUCAGGAAGAGCGAGGAGCCGCCGCCGCUGCCUAGCAGGCCCCGCUCCGAGGAAGGCAUUCUCGUCACCACCCCGCCCCACAAACCCUUCAUCAGGACCCCGUCGUCGCCCAUGCUGGUAGCUGGCCUCCCUCAGCGUCCCCAGAAUAAGAAGCGAUCCUCUGGAGGGGAGUACAUCUAUGUGAGGCCCGCGGGGUCCCCGGACGGAGACCCUAACGAGCCGCCGCCCAUACCGCCGCUGCCCGCAAAGAGCCAUCAGUCCGAGGACUGUGCCUCCGGCGCUGACCAGCCUGGCCUGGAGUCCUGUGGGCAGAAGCAGCAGCGGACAGGGGCGCCCUCCGCCAACAACAUCCUCUACGAUUACAUCAUCCCGCUCAACAGCCCGUCGGAGUCGCCCGUUCCGCUGCCGGUGUCCGCUAAGAACUAUCAGUCCGAGGACUGGGCCUCCGACGCCGGCCUGCCGGGCCCAGAGUUCGGCGGGCAGGAGCAGCCGUGGGCCGGGACGCCCUCCUCCGACAACUUUCUCUACGGUUUCAGCAUCCCGCUCAACAGCUCGCCGGAGCCGCCUCCGAGGCACGACAGUCUGCUCCUCGACCUGCACGGCGACAGCACGCCGCUCUCCUCGGCGCCGGCCUUCCCGGAGGUGCCUCGUGCCGACUUGGGCAACGGCGCCGUGCCCAAGACCGCACGGCUCCUCGCAGAGGCCCAGGAGCAGGACGCCCCCGGGCCUGCGACGCCCCCCAUGCCCCGCAGCCUGGAGCACGCCGCCGCGGCGCGCACGGGCUCGCCGGCCCGCCAGCACGCGGCAACACAGGGGUCGAGAAGUCCACUCAUGUCCCCCGGAGCCUCCCCCAGGGUGUCUCGGAGGGAUGACGUCAUACCCCCGCCCCCCGUGCCCCCUCGGAAGGCCAGCCCCGCCCCCAGCCCGCCCUCCACCCCGGCGCCGGCUAACAGAUUGGAGGUGGGCGGCGAGGCGGAGGAGGACGAGGACAUGCCAUCCGCGCCCCCCCGAACGGCCACCUCCACGCCCACCAUCAUCACCACGCCCACCCUCGUCACCACGCCCACCACGCCGCCCAGGACCGUCACCAUCGUCACUCUCGACCCCAACAACCUCUCCAUCGACACCAACACGUCAUCAGGCUCGGGCAAGGACAUCGGGGUAGGGCGCAAGGCGGGCUCCCCCUCCCCCCUGCGCGCCAAACCCAGCUUCGUGCCACACAUCGUGCCUCGGACCACCAAAAAGAUCGGGCGGACGCCGGGACCCAACCCCUCCCUCUCCUCCUCCUCCUCCUCGUCACCCACCUCCACCCCCGCCACCACCCCGACCCCCGCGCCCGCCCCCACCCCCGCCACCACGCCCACGCCCUCCGCGCCGCCCUUCCCCUCGCAGUACUUGGGCAGCAGCGGAGCCUCGUCGCCGUCCUUCGUUCCCGUCACCCUCCCCGCCAGCCCCAACCCUUCCUCCCACCCACGGCUUCCCCAGCAGCAGCAGACGCCCGCCUCGCCGCUGGGGGGGCCGCCCACCAACACGGCGCCCUCCCCGCCCGUGUCCGUAUCCUCCCCCGUCACGGUCAUCACCUACACGCCCAUCCUGCCCCGCGAAGAUGCCCCGGAGGCUACCACCACUACCACCACCUCCACCACGACCACUACCACCACGACCACAACCACCACCACCGUUCCCGUCACCCCGCGGCCACGCACCAUCCUGCCCCCCCAGGCCUCCCUCAUGCCCCCUACGCCCUCCACCAGCCCCUCCCCCUCCUCGCCCUCCUCCAUCACCUCCUCCACCUCCUCCUCGUCCUCGUGCUCCACCUCCACCUCUAGCGGCAUGGAUGUGGACAGGCGGCCCAGCGGAACCAGCCACGCGGGAGAGCUGGAGGAUAUUCACGAGGAGCCGCCCUAUGAGAACACCACGUUGCCGCCCACCUCGGACAGCCCGGCGUGCAUCAUCACCACCACGAGGAAGUCCGCUACAGACUCCGAUCUCCCCAACUUCCCCGCGCCGUCAGCACCCACCCUCCCCGCCCUCUCCAGGUCCCACUCGGCUGACAGGAGCAUGAACAAGGUCGAGAGUAGCGAUACUAACGAGGACGCCCACACCGCCUACGAGAACCUUCACAUGGACUACCUGGCGACCCUGACCCACGAAGGCUUCACGCAGGAGGAGGUGAUCCGCGCGCUGGUCAUCACGCAUAACAACAUCACCAUGGCGCGGGACAUCCUACGGGAGUUCUCGUCCAAAAGGAGCUAAGGACACACCACCCCAGGGCCCCCAAGAGAGUCCUGCUGUGGUGUAUCCUGAGAGUCCUAUCUACCAACACCGCCUUCGUGGGGAGGAUGAGGUCUGGUGAGGGUGAGGUGUUAGGUCUCGCGUUCUCUCUCCUGCAUCCUACGCCGUGGUGAAGGAUGCUGUGUCGUGGGAGAUGAGAGAAGGAUGUCCUGGGCUCUCUCUCCCAGCAUCCAAGGUGUGGUUCAGGAUGCUGUGUUACUGGAGAUGAGAAAGAAAUAUCCUCACUCUCCUUGCAUCCUACGACAGUGCGUGAAGGAUGCGGCAUUGCGGUGGAAAGGAAGAUGUGAUGUCCUUUCCCCUCGCUCGCAUCCUACGCAUCCUAGAGUGUGUCAAGGAUGCUGCUCUGUGGAGGAAGAAAUGGGAGAUGUCCUCGAGAGAUGUCCUUACCCGCAGCAUCCUACAGACCAGUGUGAUGUGUUCUUAUCUGAGAGGACCAAAGGAUGCUGCGCCGGGGACUGCUGUGUAUAUCCUGCGAAUCCUACAGUACCUAAGGAUCGCGUGGGUCCUGCAGCGUCCUGGCGUCCUAUAAGCGCAUAGGAUCUGAGGUGUUGUAAGGUGUUCAGGUCUCAGCAUCCUACAGACAGUGCAAGGAUCUGGGACGUGCAAGGACCCUCAGCAUCCUACAAGAUAAAGAAAGGAGUGAAGGAGUGCAAAGGAGGACGUUUUUAGCAUCCUAUACGAAGGAGCUCAGGACUUCAAGGACUCCCACCAUCUUACAGAGAGAGAGAGGGAGUCCUGCACUGAAAAUAGGAUCGCAAGGAGCUGAAACUACACGCCUCCUACGCCUCCUACUCCUCCCCCUCCUCAUGUCAGAAAAGGAGGAGAUGAGUGGGAGGAGAGAAGAAGAGUUGACAGACAGUGAUGGAACUCUCCCCCCCGCCCUUCCCCUCCCCCGCCCACCGCCCCCAUGUUUGAGUGGGUGAAAGACUAGAGAAAGGGGUGAGGAAGGGGGGCAGGAGGGGUGGUGAGGGGUGAGGGGUGUCCGUCUGUCUGUCUGAGGGAAUCACCGCCCUGUGUUCUUAUAUCUCUCUACAUAUACUGGUAAGGUGUUUUGGGGACCGCUGAUAGCCACCACCACCACCACCACUACCACCAUCAUCACCACCAUCAUCAUCACCACCAACUACUUUCAUCAUCGCCUUUUUCUCUCCAUUUUUACCACUAUCUUUUACCACCACCCCCACAUCACCAUCACCACCAUCACCAUCACCAUCAUCACCACCACCAUCAUCACCACCAACUACUUUCAUCAUCGCCUUUUUCUCUCCAUUUUUACCACUAUCUUUUACCACCACCCCCAUCAUCACCAUCACUACCACCAUCA